GGAUCAAACAUUAGCGUCUCAAUUUGUCUAAGAUUUCAAAACUUCUAAAUUGCUGUCACCAAUCACAAUGUUUUCUUCCAGCCAUGAUUUCACAGGGAGGAAGUAAGCUACGAAAGUCAAGGUGAUGCAUUGAAUAUCUUUUGUUUCUAAAUGCAUUCUAGAGUUUUUCACGGAGUCUGUAUAAAGAAGGCAACAAGACUCGUCCUCAUCACGAGGAUGUUUGGUUUGAAGAAAAAAAUGGAUAGCAGUCAUAGCAUAGCCAAAAAAUGGAGGCAUCUAAGUGGCCAGAACAACUGGAAGGGCCUGUUGGAUCCUCUUGACAUUGAUCUCCGUCGCUACAUAAUUCACUACGGAGAAAUGGCUCAAGCUACUUAUGAUGCCUUCAACACAGAGAAGGCAAAGUAUGCUGGAAGCAGCAGAUAUGCCAGAAAGAAUUUUUUCUCUAGAGUUGGUUUAGAGAAAGGCAAUGCUUUUAAGUACAAUGUGACCAAAUUUGUGUAUGCAACCUCACAAAUUCAAGUCCCUGAGGCCUUUCUCAUUAAGUCUCUAUCAAGAGAGUCUUGGUGCAAGGAAUCAAAUUGGAUGGGGUACGUUGCUGUGGCUACAGAUGAAGGGAAGGCUGCGUUAGGCAGGAGGGACAUUGUGAUUGCUUGGAGAGGCACUGUGCAGUCAUUGGAGUGGGUUAAUGACUUGCAAUUUAAUUUGGUUUCUGCCUCAAAAAUACUUGGUGAGGACGGUGAUCCUAAGGUGCAUGAAGGUUGGUACUCCAUCUAUACUUCAGAUGAUUCGCGUUCGCCUUUCAACAAAACCAGUGCCAGAUAUCAGGUUAUUGAAGAAGUUAGGAGACUAGUAGAGCAAUUCAAGGAUGAGGAAAUUAGCAUCACAAUAACAGGGCACAGUUUGGGUGCAGCAAUUGCCACACUGAACGCAGUUGACAUUGUUGCCAAUGGCGUAAACAGGCCAAAGGAGCAACCAAACAAAGCCUGUCCAGUAACAGCCAUUGUCUUUGCCAGCCCUCGAGUUGGAGACUCAAACUUUGAGAAGGUCUUCUCCAGGCACAAAGAUGUUCGAGCCUUACGCGUUCGUAAUGCUUUAGAUGUUGUCCCCAACUACCCAAUUCUAGUGGGUUACUCGAACGUGGGAGAAGAGCUGGCCAUCGACACUCGAAAAUCCAAGUACCUGAAGAGCCCUGGAGGGGUGGCAAGUUGGCAUAACUUGGAAGGGUACUUGCAUGGAGUUGCAGGAACACAAGGGAGCAAAGGAGGGUUCAAGUUGGAAGUUAAGCGUGACAUAGCCCUGGUGAAUAAGAGUGCUGAUGCUUUGAAGGAGGAGUAUCUUAUACCGGCGUCUUGGCGGUGUGAGAAGGACAAGUGCAUGACCCAGCUGGACGACGGUUCUUGGGUGCUGAGGGAUCAUGAGGAUGAUGAUGAUGCUGAUUUUUAAUCUCGAUUGUUUUUCUUCUUUCGUUGGGUUACGUUUGAUCAUGUAUUUAGAAGAUGAUUUCUGUUUUUGUGGUUCUGUCCAUAGGUUUUAGGUUGAAUUAUUAUGCAUCAGUCGUGUUUCAGUUGUGCGAUACUUGUAAGAAAGGAAAAGUGAAAAGUCUGUAUGUUGAAAUUUGGGUUGAGUUGUAUGAAAAA